UCGCUAGCGCACCCAGCCCGCAGACUCCUCACGAAAUCGGAGGCGAAACAACGCGUCUCACGCCGUCGUCGUCGGCAUCGACGCGAAGACGCAGCCCUUUUCUUCAACGUCACUAGCAAGAACAGCUGAGAAAGGGCACUGAACUCCCCGGUGGACAACGGUCAUCCUUGGAUUACGAGCGCAAUAUGGAGACCGCUUUUCGGGCACUGCCGCUGGCGGCGUUUCUGCUGCUCCUGCUGCACCGCGUGCUGCUGGCCAGCGCCGGCGGGCCGGGCGGUCUCUUGCCCGACGUGGAGCCCGUGGAGGCCGCCCAGAUCGCCAAGUACAUCCCGCUCAUCCAGCAGAUCGAGGCCAUCGAGCGCAUCAAGGCCAUCAAGGCCAUCAAGUCCAAGGGGGACUCGUAUCCGCCCUUCCUACCCAUCGUCCUUGCCCUUCACCACAAGUCCGAGCAACAACAGUCAGGAAAGAAGAAACUCCGGUUAUUCAGCCUCUUCAGCUGAUCCUCUUCAAGAGUGCAGCAAUUCAGCAGUGGGGCGCUGGACGCCCAAACCAGACAAUCACCACUAACAUAGACACGCUUAACAGUACGAAUAUCAGAAGACACAAGACAAGUUCCACAUGUAGCGGGUGGAAGUCAUCAAUCUGUAAUAUUUCUGCACGAGUAAAACUCAUUUUCGCAUGAAGUUCAA